AUGAUUCCUGACUUUUCCACCGUAUCCUUUUUGAAAACGAUCAGCGGUAGUGCAAGCUGCAUAGAUUGCGCGUGGUCAUGCGACAUCCGAAUGGGUUCGUUCCGCAAAGUGUCAGACAUCAAGCUCGACAUUGAGAAAUCUGUCAAACGUGAAGGAACCUUCGAUGUUGUAAGAAAGCAAGCGUUUGCAAUCGUAAAUUCGGAUGGAUUUCUCGACGAACUUCAGAGAAGGGUGGCUGUCGAUAUACGAAAUAUGGUCCGAUGUAAUCCUGAACGUUUGUCUAAAGAAGAUUUGAGGAGCAUGAUUAGACACCAUUUGCGUACCAAGUACGUUCCGGAAAUAUCGGAAAAAGUGAAUUCCUCUGUUGACAGGGAAUGGUUGAAAUCGCAGUUGGCGGAUAACGUCAAAGAAAAGGUCGACAAAGCUCUAAUGGUCCAAGCUGUCUUAGAAGGGAAGGUAUCUGCCGAUUCUUUUGACUUUGGCCACUUUGCUGCUUCCGCGGACUCUGUACCCAGCUCCAGCUGUGAAGAAGUUGAUAGUGUAAACUCGUGCUCAGAUAUGUCUGUUUCGGACAUGGCGUCUGAUACCUCAUACGUCGACGUCAUGAACUAAGUUCCUUGCUCUCCUGUUGAUCUCUAAACACGGGUAGACGGUUUUUUCAUUUUUCGUUUUGCAAAGUUGUCUGUUUGUGAAAAGUUUUUUCAUUGAUAUUCAUCUGUUUUUUUUU